GUUCGAACCGAACCGACUGCCGACCGCUCUGGUGCUUUAGAUAAGAUAAUUUUUUUCGCAUUAGAAGUCAGUGGAAGUCUUGCGCGAGUGCGAAACGGUCGGAUUUAGACCUGCGGCGUGGCUCGGCGUAUCAUAAAAUAGUACAUAUUACACAGUCAGUCAGUCAGUCAGUCGGUCAGUCAGUCGGUCAGCAAGUCAGCCUGUACAUAAUAUCUAGUGGCGUAAAAAUAAUUGAAUAAAACAAUCGCUACAUAGAGCGUUAUAUUCAUGCGGUAUUAUUUUCAUUGCAUCGAAAUCUGAUCUGUCAUUAGAAGGAGACGCAGUCAAUGGCGUAAAGGAAAAAUCAACGUCCUGACAACAUUGACAAGUAAAAUUUCAGUACAUACAACCUUUCAUAUCGCUGGACAAAGAAAAAUCAUAUAUGAUAAAAAAAUCUACGCUCGAUUGAAUCGCGUCUCGUGAUCGGAGUGACAUCAUCGUUCUCAGAAGAGAUUCACAGAAAAGGCACACUCGUCACUCGACAUUUUGACAGUUUGACAACGACGUUCACAGAGGCCAGCAAGGGGGUUUGAAAUGUCUGAAAACCUGUUGAACGAUGUUGAUCCCCUGAGCGAAAUACCCAUGGAAUCGGAUUCACGGCCCACCGAAGAGCUGCAAGACAGUUUGUCCCAACACAAUGGAAUAGAAGAAAAUUCAGACAUCGAAGUAAACGAAUUAGAAUAUGCAGAGCCUCUGCCCCCAGAAAAAGUCAGAUGGUUUUAUAAAGAGGGAGUGGACAAGAGAUGGGUUGAAUUUUGUGGAUACGACAGUCUUAGAAUUGAAAAUGUUUGGAGACGUCGAAAGAGCGGCACAAAUGAACACAACAAUCUUACCGCUGAUGGGCAUAUGGAAAGAGUUGUUGUCAGAGGUGGAAUGUAUGAUGUAGAAAUAGACAAUAUGCGAUGCGUCUCAAUUUACUGGCCAGGCGAAGAAUGGGAAAUAAUGAGGGGUACUUGGUUUUAUGAUGGCAGUUGGAUACCGCUGGAACCGGAUCCCUCGCGGGCUAUAGAAGAAACACAUCUUACGUUGUUUCAAAAAUCGUCUCCCACCCAAUCUAGUUCAACGUCAGCAGCCAGCACCCCGUCACAUUCUUACAAAGUUCUUCAUACAAAAAACUUUCCCGAAUUCCAUGUGGAUUGGCAUGCAGUAGAUGAUGUAGCUCUCUACAGUGAAAAUACACCAAGCAAAUUAAUGCGUAGCGUAACACUGAAAUUGGGAUUCACCAAAACGACGGGAUAUCGCCUAAGGAGAGGAUACAAACAUCCUGCGGUUAUGGACGAUAAACCACACGACAUCGAUCACUUGGUUUUUGUCGUUCAUGGUAUCGGACAGAAGAGAGACACUGGAAAGAUUAUUCGUAACACAACAUCUUUCAGAGAAUGUGUCGAUUGGUUAAAACAAAAGUAUUUUCCAACUUUGACUCACCGUGCAGAAUUUUUUCCUGUUGAAUGGAGAUCUUCGCUCAAACUUGAUGGAGAUAUCGUGGAUGCUAUAACACCUUACAGUGUUCUGAGUAUUCGUCAUUUACUGAAUACAUCGGCGAUGGACAUUCUCUAUUAUACAAGUCCAUUGUACGGCGGAGAGGUCAGAGCUGGUCUUCAAAAAGAGCUCAACAGACUUUACUUCAUGUUCGCUAGUCGCCAUCCAAAUUGGAAAGGGAAAGUAUCCAUAUUAGCUCACUCUCUGGGUUGUGUAAUCGUCUACGACAUUGUCACAGGAUGGAUGGGCCCUGACAAUAGACCUUCGUCACCAGCAUCACCCGAAGUUUCGCCAGAAGGUCUGCAAUUUCCUAUUGAGAACCUCUUUUGUCUGGGUUCUCCGCUAUCGGUAUUCCUAGCUUUGCGCACCCGUGCUCCAUCCAACAGAAUUGGUGUAAUGCCACAAGAUUUGUGCAAGCGAUUCUAUAACAUUUUUCAUUGGUCAGAUCCAGUAGCUUAUCGAAUGGAGCCAUUAUUAGAAAGGGGAUACAGUAGAGUAGAACCUGUGCUGAUACCCCCGUACGGUGGGGUCGAUGGCCAACCGUGCGAACAGUCACCCUCCUCGUCGAAUGCAGUUGAUCCAAAUUUACCAUCUGCAGAGAGCGAAGAAAGAGACGAAAGCCCAGGAGAUAUGCCAAGUCGUAAUGCAGACAAAGGCUGGAGUCUCUGGGGCUUGGUGAGAGGUGGGUGGAGCACGAAAGAUGGCACAUCCUUGUCUACACCAGAUAUGAAUCCACCAUUUCAUCCUGAUCAAGAACUGAAGCCUAGAUUGGAUUACGUCUUACGGGCUGUUGGUUUGGGGCGAAAUUACCUUUAUACAGUUACAGCUCACACUGCCUAUUGGAGCAACUAUGACGUAGCCUAUUUUGUACUGACUAAACUUUUCCCUGCACUGGAGACAUGAUGUUGGCUUUUAUUUUUUUUAUUUGGGCCGUUUUUCGACCCUGUUGAACUCCACUAGUCCACCACAGGCCUUCCAGGUUUGAGCUUGUUAAAAGGCCUGCCACCAAAAAUAAUCUGUGAUAACGGAAAAAUGAUACAAUAACAUAAUAAAAAAAAAAACAUUUAUGGAAUAAAAAUAAAUCGGAAACAGGAUCGAGAA